CAGCGUGACAAAUCCAACGAGCGCGCAUGUCGCUUUCCUCACUUUCAUCUUUGUUCUGAUGGGAUGGAAUGACAUGCGCCGCUCGUGGUAAUCGACGCCCGAACCCUUGCCACCACCAAACCCGCUGUACACAACAACUCAGCAGUCCGUGGACACAAACGCACCGACACCCGCCUCCUCCUGUAAUUUGGCCCGAUCUAGCUCCUACUCGCGCCAACCUCUCUUCAACCUUGGGCCUCAUCGAACCGCUGCAGAGCAUGGACGACGACUCGUACUACGGUUGCUCGCACAGACAUAAGAGGACUCGGAAUCACAUGGACGGCGAAAGGUCGUCCUCUUCUUGGAGUAGCAGCCCAUUCCUACGCGUCCGCUCCACCUCAGAGGAGUCCAGUUCAAACCCACGCCCGCCUCAACGCCGCCUCCCAGAAUUCGACCGCCUCACGGGAAUCGAGCUCCCUCGCAUACACAGAGAGAGAUACGCAGGAGACGGCAUGGACUUCAGGCGACCGGUUGCUUCGACAUCACGCAAUGCGGAUAUGGACGUCAUUGAUCUAACAGCGGACGAUGCGGGGCCUUCUCGACCACCAGAGCCCAUAGAAACGGCCUCUAUUCGUGCUUCACGGCCCCCGCGCUAUCACCGAGAGAUUAUUGACGUCGAACAUCUGGAUGACGUGCCCGGGCAAUCAUCCUCCUAUCGACCAGAGAAUACCUCACAAGUACCAGCGAGCCCGGAUGUGGAGUUUGUCUCUGCGCGCACGAUCGAUCCACCGCGCCGACACCUUCCGAAUCCCAAUCUCCGCCAUGCCGAUAUCGAUCUAACAGACGACAACAUGCUCCGAGCACUUGGGCGUCACGAGCAUGAUGAACGGGAUGAUCCUUUCAGAACGGGGGCGUUGGACUUGGCAUAUGGACGACGAAUGGGAAACAUAAUGAGGAUGGAAAGCUUGCGGCAAGGCUUUGUUGGGGCGUUGGCAGGAGGAGAGUUGUGGCGAGUUAUGGGGAUGGGCGGUGCGGUGCGUGCGCCUGAGCUGCGGACUGGUGGACGUCCGCGGAACAUCAUUCAGUUUGCUGCGCCAGAUUUGAACUUUGCGGCGGUGGGUUUCGACAUGGGCCUAGAGAGGGAACGUCCACCACCACCGCCACCAACGUACAAGAAGCCCGACCCAGCGCCGAAAGGCUUUACGAGAUCGCCAGUGGAAGACGAAAUUCUGAUAUGCCCGAAUUGCAAGGACGAACUGUGUACUGGGGACUCGGAUCUCAAGAAACAGGUCUGGCUUGUGAAAGGAUGUGGUCAUGUCUAUUGUGGCGAAUGUACAACACACCGUCAACUCAAAGGGCGAAAGACGAAGAGCAGAUCUACCGAUAACCUUCCACCAGCAUUCAAAACCUGUGUUGCUGAAGGAUGCGACAAAAAGGUGCACCACAAGACUUCUAUGAUUCAAGUUUACCUAUGAAAGACCGUGUCUGAAUGCGCUGGUUCUUUCAACGAGCUUACACUUACAAUUGAGCGUUUCAAUUUCGUUAGCUCUCACCAGCAUACUCCUAUCAUAGGGUCACUUUUUCUUGUUUCUUGUUGUCGCUUUGCAUAACCCUGGGACUCGGGCUCAAGAUCUGGUUUGGGAGUUUGUUGGCAGGGGGCGGCAAUGGUCAUGGUAUAGGACCUUCGGCGGUAUUACGAUUUCGACUGUAUGUAGGCUAGUGCUGUAUAAUGGUACUUCUCUGGAAUAUUUAGAAUCUAACUGCAAUUUCGAAUUCUUUGCCCAGGGCUCA